GUGCUCAGUAUAACAGAGGCAUUAGAGCACAUAAACUUAUGUAUGAAGCAUUGAGAAGCAUACAGCUGACAGAAUUCAUUGAUUAUAUGAAUUUAUCUGAUGAUGGGGCUUUCAUCGAUCAAUUGCAGCAGUUGAAUAUUUGUCUUCAAGAUUUAAGAGAACUAACUGUAGAUAAGGAUCGUAACGGCUUAAGCGAUAAAUAUAACCAGCAUAAAACCACAAUUGAAACAUUUAUUUCCCAUUUCUCUUAAUUUUUAAAUCAUAUGAGCGCUGAAAACGAACUAUUCAAAUAUUUUAAAAAUUACUGUGAAAUGGUAGAAAUUCUUUUGAAUUCAAUUAUAGCUGACAGAAGUAAUAACUAUGAAUUACAUUUAGUGUCUACUCGACAAUUUUUACCUUAUUUUUUUGCUAUGAAUCACACAAAUUAUAUUCGUGGGGUAACACUUUACCUACAAGAUAUGUUAAAAUUACCUGCAGACGUCGUACAUGAUCUGAAGAGAGGAAUGCAUGCCGUCAAACGAACUGCAGGAACAUUCAAUGCAGUUGGCUGCGAUUUAGCACUAGAACAGUCUCAGAACCGAUCUUCUGCAGUGACUGGAGUCUUAAUUGGUAUCACAAAAAAUGAAGAAGCAAUGCAAAGAUGGUUGCUUCUGUAUCCUUUCAAAAACAGCGUUCACUCAAUGCUUAUUUCAUACCUUGGAAUACAAUCUGACACUACAGGUGACAUUAAUAGUCAUAAUGAAUGGACGCAAUCGAGAAUUAAUACGGACGAAAACGAUGUUGAAAGUAUCAUUAAGUGUUUCAAAGGUUGUAGUCCAUUCACUACUAAUGGGGAAUGUGUGCUUCGAAAUAUUGUCACUGGUGAACUUGCAGUAGAAUCAACGUCGCGAUGCUUACUUAAUGUUAAAGAAAAUGGUGAGGCUCUAUUAACUACAUACGAAAAUGAAAGAUUUUUCCAGAAAACUAAAAAAUUAUCGGACCCUAUAAAAAAAACUAAAUUUAACAACUUUAAAGACACUCCUUCGAAGUCAAACAAAAUUGGUUCCAACAAAAAAUUGCAAGAUGUAACAGACAUAACAAUUUUCCAAAAAUCAUUCAUGACGGCUUCUCAACGUGGAUUUAAUACGAGGAUGUUAGCAUCGUAUGAAGUAUUGAAUUACUGUAAGUAUCUAUUUGACAGUGACGGAUUUUACAGGAAGUCACCAAAAUCACAACUCCUCGUUGAAAUUAAAAAAAUAUAUAAUUGUGGUACAAGCUCUCAGCAAGAUUUUAUAAAUUUAAAUACUUUCAAAGUUUAUAUUAUUGAUGGUAUGGCACUUGUUCACAAAAUUCAGUUAAAUAAGUUCAAUACUUUCGGUGAUUUUGCUGAAGCUUUCUUUAAAAAAAUUUUAGAAUUUUUUACUUUGCCUGGCGUUAAAAGAAUAGAUGUAAUAUUUGAUAGAUACGACGAUAUUUCUAUAAAAUUUAUGGAGACAAAAUUACGGAGUAAAGAGCAGAUCAUUAAAAAUACCAUAAUUUCCAACCAUUCAACAAAUAUUCCUGCUGAUUGUAAAGCUUUUCUUACUAACGCUCAUAAUAAAAUGCAACUCGUCCGAUUUCUUUGCGCUAAUGCUCCAAAAUAUGCACAAGUAAAUAAAGACUGCGAGAUGUAUAUUUGUGGAGGAUUCGAUGAUCCAACUAAAUGUUUCAAGUUGCAAGGAUAUUUAAUUUGUGAAGUACUUGAAUUACAGUCAAACCAUUUAGAAGCUGAUUCAAGAAUGUUCGUCCACAUAUUUCACGCAGUAAGGAUUCAAUCUGCUCAGAUUAUCAUAAUGAGCACUGAUACAGAUGUAUUCGUCUUGGCAGUUUAUUUCUGGAAAUACUUAGCAAAUAUUGGGUGUCUCGGUUUAUGGUUUGAUGGUUCUCACACAAACAAACGUUUUCUAGGAUGCCAUUUGGCUGCUGAAUCCCUGGGUGAAAACAUAUGCAAUAUUUUGCCAGCAUUACAUGCUAUAAGUGGUUGCGAUACUACUAGUAGAUUUGGUAGUAAAAUGCAAUGGUUGAAAGCUGCGUCUGAAGAUUUUGUACAAACAGCUCUCAUGCAUUUGGGAAACCUUGACUUAAAUAAUGAGCAAUUCAAACAGUUAGAAGCAGUUUGCACAUAUUUAGUUUCAAAGAAAAAAGUAUCUGCUGAUGAACUCAGAUUUGUACUGAUAUCUCAAAAUAUAGGUUUUAAUUUCAAUUUGAUGAGAGUGAUAUGCACUUCAGAUGCUUUGCGUUUGCAUUUAUUAAGGGCUACAGUACAAACAUUUAUAUGGAAAAAUGCUCAUCAAACACAAUUACCACCCAUUGAUUAUUGUUCAUUGGGUUACGAAAACCUCAACGGUGACUUAUGUCCACGACAAAUGACGAAGCCGUCUUUACCAGAGUCAUUAAUUCCACCCUGUAAAUGUACUGCAAAUUGUCGCACAAUGUCUUGUUUAUGCAAAAAAUCUGAAUUGUUUUGUAUUUCAUUAUGUAAAUGCAUCAAUAACAAAUGUGAAAAUCAAAAUGAGUAAUUUUUAACCUAUUUUGCAUACAUUUAUGCUUGAAUUCGCUGGUAUUUCAUAUAUUAUUUUUAUAUUUUUAUUAAUAAAAAAAAUUAAUAACUUCCAUUUCUGUUUUUUUUUUAAUUUUUAAGAAUCUGUCCUCACUUUUACUAUUACAAAAACUAUAAAUUAUUACGGAAAUAAUCAUUAAAAUGAUUUUAUAUCAUGUACUCAAUACAUUCCCUUUACG